UUGUUUAUUUUUAAUAUUGUUAUUAUUUAUUUUAUUUUUCUUCACGGGGUACUGAGACGUCAAAUGACGCCGCUGCGCGUUGAGAAGGGAAGUGAAAGUUAAAGCGGAGCCAAAAGCGAAAGGAGGGAAGAACAGCGAGAAAGUUCAAGAAUUGGCUUAAACGGUGGAGGUAAACCAAGCAUAGCUUUGGUUGUUUGUUUGUUACGAGUUUUAUUUGUUGAGUGUACGUUAGUUUCGGGUUUUGACAGAAGUUGUCAAUGUAACUCCACAUUUGUCGUCGGCUGCAGUUGAUUUGAGGGGUUAGUGUUAAACCAAAAUAACCAGGACAGAAUUAAUCAAUCGGAAAUCCUAACAUCGCUUUGUGGAAAGUUUUGGAUCGACUUCUCUGCCCGGCUUCAUCUCCUGGCUACAUCAACAUGACAUCAGAAGUAUGCCAAUACUUCAUCGUAAUCAAAAAACCUGCAUCCCCUGCAGGUAUAAACCUUGGCUACAUCGGUUACAGCUAUGGAAACCUCAAAUCUGGCUACCAGUCUCAUUAUAAGAAGCACUCGGUUUUCUUCCUGACUUCCUCAAAGCAUAUAAGUUGUGAUCUAGAUGUGGGCACCGUCAAAGAUCUGAGUGCACAGGAGGCCAGUCUACUGCUGGCUUUACCUGAUGAUGGGGAGAGGUUGAAAUGGUUCAAAGAGAAAAAGGCACUUCAAAACGCAGGAGCACUCACUGUGGGUGCAUCAGUAACCGUCAAGGAAGAUGGACGGCUUCUCAGAGGCAUCAUCUGCUCCAUUGGACCAAAAGACAGUCCAAAGUAUCCAAUAAGUGCAACAUACUUUGGAGUUGAGCUGCAGGGAACUGAUCAAGGGAAAGCAACCAAUGACGGCUGGUUAAGUACAAUGAGAAAUUUCUCUAGCAAGAGAAAUUGUGUUUAUGUUCCAUUUUCAGAAGUCUGGGCUGUGGGGCCCGAGUCCCCAUUGCCCUCUGAGCUUGAGCAACAGCUAGAGUCAGAUGAGCUAAACCCAGGAGACAGAGUCACUUACUUUGUCAAUGACGAAUGUCGACAUGGGAUGGUCGUGGAUGUGCUGGAAGAGGCUGGACAACACAUAGUGAAGAUCUCAACAGAUAUGGAUGAGUUCGGAAACAGAGGGGGUGAAGUCAGAGUUCCUCUGGACAGAGUGGCUAAAGGGGAAGUGCCGGCAGAGCCACAGAGGAUUGAAGUUGACACGGCCCCUGAGGACAUGGCUGCUGCUCCACACGAGAGUCUGGUUGUGAACUCGUUGGUGGAGGUGACUGUGGCGACAGGGAAUUUGCAUGGAAUCAUCCGCUGGAUGGGCAAGCUGCCCGAUCGAAAGGAAAUCUUUGUUGGACUGGAGCUGGAGGAAGAUAAUGGAACAAGUGAUGGAACCUUUAAGCAAGUGCGAUAUUUCACAUGUCCUAACAAGAGAGCUCUGUUCAUCAAACUGAGUUCCUGCCAUCCUGACUCAAGGUUUCAGAGCUCAUCGAGCAACUUCAGAGAGAAGAUACCUAAACUGGAAGACAGAGAAGAUGACAUGGCGAGCAGCUCAGGGAAGCUGGAUAUUGCUGUUCCUGUCAGCACAGAGCAGGUUGAUGAGCUCCUGAUUGGACGUAUGAAAGGAAUCCAAGGCCAUUGUAACUCGUGUUAUAUGGAUGCUGCUCUUUUCAGCUUGUUUUCUUGUUCCCCUGUGUUGGACCCCUUGUUAUUCAAGGAACCUACACCGAAAAACGCUUCAGUUCAAAGGAUGCUUCUCCACGACAUUGUCAACCCCCUCCGCAGUAAGGGUUUUGUCGAGGGGUGCCACAUCAUGAGGCUCCGCCAGCAACUGCAGAAACUCGGCUGCAGUCACUCCUUUACCUUUGACGAGAAAGAUCCAGAGGAGUUUCUGAUUGUAAUAAUGCAACAAAUCCUCGCCUUGGACCCUCUCCUCAAGCUAUCAGUUGGGGGUAAAAUGCAGGAGAGCUACUGCUACCAGAUUUUCCUAGACCAGAACCACAGCUUGGUUCUGCCGACUGUCCAGCAGCUUCUGGAACAUUCCUUCCACACUGCAGAGCUGAAGCUAGCAGAGGUGCCAUCCUGCCUCAUCCUCCAGAUGCCUCGCUUUGGGAAGAAAUUCAAGAUGUUUGACAAAAUCAUUCCCUCUCUGGAGCUGGACAUCACUGACCUCAUCACUGAAGGUCCUCAGCAGUGCAUACUAUGUGGAGACCUGGCACUGGAGGAGUGUACUGACUGUUUUAAAGAUUCCCUUUUUGGCCCAACUGGAUUCAAAGUCUUCUGCAGGGAUUGCUCUACUAAGGUGCACUCCCAUCCUCUGCGUAAAUCCCAUAAACCAGCUCGUCUGGACAUCCCCAUUGAAUACAGAAAUCACAAGAACCCUCGCGGGCUGACCAGAGACAAGUUACAGCUCUUUGCGGUGCUUUGCAUCGAGACGAGUCACUACGUGUCCUUUGUCAAACACGGACCGAACAGCAGCGAUUGGAUCUUUUUUGACAGCAUGGCAGACAGACAUGGAGAGAGUGACGGAUACAACAUCCCGGAGGUGAAAGCCUGCCCCGAGGUCGGGACGUACCUGGAGAUGUCGCCUGCAGAACUGGCCACUCAGGUGCCUCGAGACAUGAAGGGCGAGGCCAAGCGUCUCUUUUGUGACGCCUACAUGUACCUGUAUCAGAGCACCAGUAUGUGCCUCUACCGCUGAGCACACACACCAUUGCAGAGGAAAAUAGCUCAGCUGUUGAUCAGUUUGGAAAAUAUUUUUUGAGCUGUACAUACUUUUGGUGUUGGGACAGAAUUGUCAAACUUGAUUCAUUUAUAUAAAUAUUGGUUUACUUGUAUAAUUUUGGAUAAAUUGAACAACACUGAUUCAACUUUUGCACUAUGUAGACCUAAAUAUGACAAUCGCUGCAACAUAGGUGGUGUUAGAUGAGACAUAUGUAGUUUUGAUAUUUUGUUUAUGAUGAACAGAGAAAAUUACCGUAGAAGACAGUAACGCCAUGAUUCAGUGGGGUUUCUAAAGAAUUCCAGCGUGCACUUACUCUUACUGGACUUUGCAAAUUUGCUGUGAAUGUGCUCAAAUAUUUCACCUUUGUACCUGAUUUCAAACAAGGUUUAUAGCAACACAUGGACCAGUUCUUGCUCUUGCAUUAUGUUCUUGACUUCUUAACCCUUGUGUUCCCCUUGAUUUAUUUCUUGCACUUUUUACUUAAAAAUACUCAAUAAUUUUGCCUGUGUUAAUGACAUUUGUUUAACGUCAGCCAGGACUAUCAGCCCCCAGACAUCUUUGAGUUUGAUGAUUCAGAUUGUCCUCGAUGUUACGAUCUUCAAAAUGCAACGAGCAUGCCUCGAAUGAGUUCGCAACAUAUGAAGGAGAAACGGACACCAUAAGUCCCUGUCUACUCCUCUUCUUAUUACCGCCUGAUUUCUGAGUGCCUGCAAGCCGCAACCGUGUGAAGAACAGGAACCCAAGGACUGUGCAACAACGACAUUCCCACAUCACAGCAAUGAUGGGCUGAAGCCUCCACAAGACACACCAGCAGCAGCUGCUGCACAGCAACCCCGGGUUCAAGGCCUGCCAUGGUAGUAAAGGAAAGGACCUAUUUUUAGGGUAUAUUUUUUCCCUGGGAGGCUUUCUGAUUUUAUACUAUGUAUCACACAAUGAGCAGAUUAAAAAAACACAGAAGUGCAUGAUGUUUUUGAUUGAUUUGUCUUCACUGGGAAGCUGUAACC